GUAUUCAGGAAUCUCCUAUACCAAAUGGCCAUUCACUUCCGGGUCGAGACUUCCUUCGGAAACAAAUGCGGGGAGAUCUUUUCACUCAGCAACAAUUAGAAGUAUUGGAUCGAGUUUUUGAAAGACAGCAUUAUUCCGACAUCUUUACGACAACUGAACCCAUCAAACCAGAGCAGUGGUGCUCCAUGCUGAUGAGACAAUACUUGGUGCAACCCCAGGCAAUCAUUUUUCAGUCAACAGAAUAUUCAGCCAUGACAUCACUAGCUGGUGGAUUAGACGAUAUGAAGGCCAAUUUAACAAGCCCUACAUCAACAGAUAUAGGUGCCAGUGUCCCAGGACCACAAUCAUAUCCUAUUGUGACAG